GCUCCUUAGUCACCGGUGGAUUGGCGCUGACAGAGUGCUCUGAAGCCGUUGCCCAUCAGCGGGUGCUUGGGGGGAUCACAAAAGAAAACGCGCUGUGACAUCACUGGACGAACCCCCUGUAGGACCCUGGGCCGGCCGCUGAGCCUCCACCGUCCAGCGAGGUUCUCCAUUGCCGUGCCGUCAAUUGGCCAAAGUUAGCGGGCUCCCUCAGGUGGGGCCUUCUGCGCAAUUUUGACCGCGCGGGCCGGCUCUUCAACGUCGCGAUAUUUUCUCUCGGCCAUGGCUUACCAUCUUCUCGUCUCUAUUUCCUUCUGUCGUCGUCCCUUCGAAGCCGCACCUCAUCGGAGCCAAACUACCCUACGCUCUCAGUCAACAAUCCCACGAUCAUCCAUCCGAGCGCACCUCGCGCAACCUCCAACCAACCAUCAAACAACCAACCUACGGAAACCACCCCACCACCGCCAAGAUGUCCGCCGUCAUCAACCUCCUCAACACAAUCUGGACGCGCUUCAGCACCAACCUGCGCGGCACCCUCGAGGGCAUGUCCACAGAGAAGUGGAUCCGCCUCGUCAUCAUCGUCGGCGCCUACUGCCUGCUCCGCCCUUACCUGAUGAAGCUGGCCGGCAGCUCGCAGAUGAAGCAGCACGAGACCAAGCCCGAGGACGAGUUUGACGGCCCCAAAGCAAAAGUGCAACCCAACACGCUGCGCGGGCAGGUCGAUAUCCCCGAGGAUAGCGACGAUGAAGGCACGACCCAGGCCACGGGCGCGACAUCGACGUCUACCGACUGGGGAAAGAAGGCGCGCAAGAGGCAGCGCGACGUGCUCAAGAAGAUGAUUGAUGUCGAGGAAAAGAGGCUUGCUGAGCUGCAGGAGGACGAUGAGGAUAAGGACAUUGAGGAGUUCUUGGUAAAGGAGUAGGGAGGUGUGGUUUGUUUGGAGCGGGCUGUUGGAUGGCGUUUUGGGCUCUUGACGGUUGAUUAGCAUCAUUAAUACCAAUGUCGGUGCUCGGCUCUGUCUAUCUGGUUGUUUGUGCCGUCGUGAUGGGGCAUUUGGAGUGGCGGUUGAUGACGUCCAUCGUCUGUGGGCAAUCCUGGAGCAUGAAAACGAGUUGAUGCGAUACCUCAGGACGUGUCUCGCACUUUAUGGCCCGUCGGUUGGACUACUCGGGUCUAGAAACCCCAAAGGAUUGUGCCCGAGGAUGAACUCCUGUCGGACCUCUAAGUGCCAUCUGAUUCCACGCCUUCGCCAGUGACACCGUACCCGAUGACUCCUCGGUGCUUCAGUCCCUGUCUUCUAAAUCCAUGCCCGGCUGCCAAAUCAUCGGAGAUUCAAG